UGGUUCAUGUAACGGGCGUGAAUUAUUAUAUAAGGGAAACCCUCUAGUUCAUCGAGAGUCUUCUUCUUCUUCUUCCAAAAAAACCAAUAAGAUCGGCUAUGCAAAAUUGGAUCUGAAAGACCCGAUCCUUCUUUGUUCUUACGGAGGAAGAUAAAAUUUAUUAGUGUAAUUGGAAUAUCUGAUUUGAUCAUCGAAGAAUCAGCUCACUGCGAGUUGUUAUGGAAGGAGUAGGAGGUCGGUUAGGAAGGUCCUCGACUCGUUACGGAGGACCGGCGACGGUGUUCACGGGGCCGGUGAGGAAGUGGAAGAAGAAGUGGGUUCACGUCUCUCCCUCCACCAAGAAGCUCAAUCACUCCUCCUCCUCCGCAGCUUCCGACGCCGCUAACGGAUCGCAUUUGCUGUUCUUCAAGUGGGCGCCAUUGUCUCAGACCGGGAACGGGAACGAAGAUGGUAAAAGUGAGAGUCUUUCUCCUAGCGAAGACGCUGUUGCUGUAACGGUAGCAGCAGAAGAUCCUCCGCGGCGUAGGUUCAAAUACGUGCCGAUCGCAUUACUUGAGGAGCAAAAGAACGAAGUUACAGAAAUUGAGGAAGAUGAUAAGGUUGAGGAAGAGGAGCAGAAGAAGGAAAUUGAGCAAGACGCAAGUGCUGCAGCAGAGCCAAGCGAGAAGAAAGCACAAGUUGAGGAAAAACCAGACAUGAAUGAUGUUCCUAUGGAAGCUUAUCAGGAGGAAGGAAAAACAGUGCGACAAGAUCUGAACGAAAGCACUAAGGACUCAGGACUUAACUUGAAUGCAAACGAUGUAGAUUCUGAGAACAAUCCGAAAGGGGCCGAGCCAUUAGAAGAGAGAUAAAAUGGCGUCAUUCUUUUACCCUGUUUCACUGUCGUCAGUAACAAAGACAUACAUAAAAGUAGAAAACAAUUGUUAGAGAUGGAUGCAGAUCCUUGUUCUGCUCUGCACGUCCACGGCUUGUUCUUUCUUUUUCUUUUGAUGACCAGACUUAGGCUCAUUCAUUCGGAACUAAACAUUCGGUUCAUAGAAGAUUCUUGUUUUGUUCUGAAUUUUAAUUUGAUUAUGAAUGAUGCACUUUGAGAGUAUAUGAAUAUAGAGCUUUUAACGUCA